UAUACGGUAAUGACAGUAACAGUCCGCUUUCAAACGUUCAGCAUUGUCGAGGACAUGAAAAUAAAUAAGGAAAACUCUUAAAGUUUGACCCAACAAUUUUGUUAACAAAUCUAUUUUUCGUUGCGGCAGCUCCUACCGUCUGACCUCAUAACCUCCGAUGACGUUUAUGGCGCCAGAAAUCAAGGGUUUAGUGGGGAUCUUGUGUGUAUCAGCUGGUCCAUCUUUGCCGUUGUUUACGCUGUGUUGGCGGUACCGUAGAUGUUGGACAUUUUAAGGCAUAGUAGAGGUUGAUCAUUCAUCGAUUGUGCUGGUAUAAGGUCGGGUUGGAGUCAAGAUGGUGAUAUUACGCAGCAGCGGCAGUGUCGGAGCGGAGGUGGUGGCGACAACUCCGACGAGGAGCGCGCUGGAGAUGAAUACAAGCUCCGAGUUUCUGUCGCUGCUUCCCGCGGCGCAGAGAAAGUCCGCCCGGGUGACCCGUUCCUCCCGGCCUGCGGAUGACAGCUUCAGCAGUCCUGAAAUCAUCACGGCGAAUGGACAUGUUGGUUCAAAGCAGGAGGUCGGCAGCCGUCUCCAUCACUCUUUGAGGACCAGAGGACAGCGAGUUAAACUGGAGGUCAAGUUUGCUGAGGCUGACCUGAAGACCAGCUCCCCUGCAGGAUGCUGCACCAGGAAAUCCUCCAGGCUGCAGAGAGAGGGGAAAGCAUCCAGCGGCAAGCAGCAAGCAGAUGUUCCAGAUGAACUGGAGGGGUCUUCCACUCCUAAGAGGAGCCGCUUUAACCUACAGAGCCGAGAAGUGGAGGAAGAGGAAGAAGAGGAGCGGUCCGUGCGACGUAGUUCUCGAAUCACCAGAUACAAACUAGAUUCCCACAACCAGUCGGUGCUAUACGACCGCCUCAUCACCAACACUGCUGAAGCUGUCCUCCAGAAGAUGGACGACAUGCACAAGAUGAGAUGUAGAGUGAGAAGCAGAGAUAGAGACACUAAAGAAGAGCUGGGUGUUUACACUAAGAACAGGAUGAAAAGGUCACUGAGGAAAAAUGUGGAGAGUAAAGCCACCGAGAAGGAGAACCAAGAAAGGGGCGAGGAUGAUCACGAUGAAGAGGAAGAGGAGGGAGAUGAUGGAGAAGAUGAGGAGGAAGAUGAUGAGGAUGAGGAAGAAGAAAACCAGAGGCGUUAUGACUUUCGGCAGCGAAAAACUGUGGUUCGCUACCAGGCCCCACAGGAUGAACCCAGAGAGACCAGGAAGCGCAGCAUGUACUUCAAGCACCACACAUCUCCUACCAGACGCAGGUUUAGAUUCAGCUCCAUGGCCCCCAGGAGCCCCUACAACAGGAGAGGACCCAGCCGGAGUAGUUCUGAGAGGAGGAGACAUGCCAUCCACAGCAGUGACUCCACCUCCUCAUCUUCAGAUGAUGAGAAAUUCCAGCGACGGAGGAGUAAGAGCAGGACCAGGUCAGUCAACAGAUGUCUACCUAUGAACUUUGUGAAAGAAGACCUGCUGGGGAUACACAAAGACAGGAUGAAGAUUGGAGCCAGCCUCGCUGAUGUGGACCCAAUGCACAUAGACAGGACGGUGCGUUUUGACAGCAUUGGAGGUUUGAGUAGACACAUCUCAGCGCUGAAGGAGAUGGUGGUCUUUCCUCUCCUCUACCCAGAAGUCUUUGAGAGGUUCAAGAUACAGCCACCCAGGGGCUGUUUGUUUUAUGGGCCUCCGGGCACAGGGAAAACCCUAGUAGCCAGAGCACUGGCCAAUGAAUGUGGUCAGGGUGAAAGAAAGGUGUCGUUCUUUAUGAGGAAAGGAGCUGACUGCCUCAGUAAGUGGGUGGGAGAAUCUGAGAGACAGCUACGCCUGCUGUUUGACCAGGCAUACCAGAUGCGUCCGUCCAUCAUCUUCUUCGAUGAGAUUGAUGGUCUGGCUCCAGUCAGGUCCAGUCGUCAGGACCAGAUCCACAGUUCCAUAGUGUCAACCCUCCUGGCUCUUAUGGAUGGAUUAGACAGUAGAGGAGAGGUUGUUGUGAUCGGAGCCACAAACAGACUGGACUCCAUCGACCCAGCACUAAGAAGACCAGGACGCUUUGACAGAGAGUUUCUCUUUGGCCUGCCAGACAGAGAGGCGAGAAAGGACAUUCUGAAGAUCCACACCAGACAGUGGACUCCUUCACCCUCUGACACCUUUCUUGAGGAACUGGCAGACAAAUGUGUUGGAUAUUGUGGGGCUGACAUCAAAGCUGUGUGUUCAGAGGCAGCUCUGUGCGCUCUGCGGCGUUGCUACCCUCAAAUUUACUCCUCAUCGCAAAAACUCGUACUUGAUGUCGACUCCAUUACCAUCACAAACAAAGACUUUAUGUCUGCCAUGUCCAAGCUGGUACCAGCCGCCCAGAGAGCAAUAGUGUCACCAGCCAAGGCCCUGAUACCUGCUAUUCGUCCUCUGCUGAGCGCCAGCCUGCAGAACAUCCUUCACACAGUCAGCAGAGUGUUUCCGCAUGCUGAGCAGGGCUUAACGAAGAAAAGACAACAAGAUCUGGUCUGUGGUGUGUCUGAGGAUGGCCUAAUCUUCAGUGAGGAUGAGGACUUUGGGGUCUGCUCCAACGGACAGACCCCUCACUCUCAACUCGGAACACCUGCUGCUAAGAGCCUCCUCAACCUCAACAGGAGUGUGCUGAGCCACCCAACGUCCUACCGCCCCAGGCUGCUGCUGGAGGGCAGACCAGGUGCAGGUCAGACCUCCCACCUGGCUCCUGCUGUCCUCCAUGCUCUCGAGAAGUUCACUGUCUUCACACUGGACAUAGCUGUGUUGUUUGGAGCCAGUGCAACUGUCCCAGAAGAGACCUGUGCUCAAAUCUUUGUUGAAGCCAAGCGGACAUCUCCCAGUAUCGUGUACAUCCCUCAGAUCGGACGGUGGUGGGAAACUGUCGGUCCUGCCUUAAGAGCAACUUUCCUGAGCCUGCUUGGCUCCAUCCCAGCCUUCUCUCCUAUACUGCUGCUGGCUACAUGCAACCUUCCUUAUGACCAACUCGGCACAGAAGUUCAGGAGUUGUUUCGGGUGGAGUAUGGGGAGGUUUUCCACAUCCGGGUUCCCACCAGCAGAGAAAGAAGGAACUUCUUUGAGGACCUUCUCAUCAACCAGGCUACCAAGGCCCCCGUGUCAAAAAAGAAAGCUGUGCUCCAUGCAUUGGAGGUGCUCCCUGUUGCCCCUCCCGCUCCUCCACGUGAGCUGACAGAAGAGGAGAUCCAAAAACUGGAGGAGCAGGAGGAAGAUACACUCAGGGAGCUCCGCCUCUUCCUGCGUGAUGUCACCAACCGUCUGUCCCAAGAUAAACGCUUUAGGGCUUUUACAAAGCCUGUGGAUUUAGAUGAGGUUCCAGAUUAUGCUGAGGUGAUCAAGAAGCCUAUGGACCUGUCAACAGUCCUCUCUAAGAUUGACCUCCAUCAGUACGGGACCGUGAAAGAGUUCCUUGAGGACGUGGAUCUCAUCUGGCAGAAUGCCCUUGAAUACAACCCAGACAGGGACCCGUCAGACCGUCAGAUCCGCCACAGAGCAUGUGCACUGAAGGACACUGUUCAUGCAAUCAUUAGAGAUGAACUGGAUGAAGAUUUUGAGAAGAUUUGUGAGGAAAUCAAAGCAUCAUGCAACAGAAGAGGCUGCUCCACUGGCCAGUUUGCUCCGUCUUUCUACCAUGUCCUUCCCAAACAGUCCAAACCUCCUGCUGACGUCAAGAUCACUGAUGUGAACCUGCAAGGAGAACCAGCCACAGCUGCUGCUACCCCCAGUACAAAUGUGUUUACUGUUACAACACCUAAAAGCACAGCCCAGAAGAAGAAAAGGCGGAAGAGUCGCUGGUCAGCUGGCUUGUUGGCAAAAAGAAAAAGCUCCUCUCCUCAUGUGUCCAGAGAUGACGCACAGUUAGGGUCUGAUGAGGAUGAUGGAGAUGAUGAAGAGGAGGUUGAGAAGGAUGAGGGGGCAGAGCGUGAUGAAGGGACUGGAGGAGAGGAGGAACAUGUAGAGUCAGGGCCUGCAGAAGCCCAGGAGCGUAGUAUUGGGCCCAGAACCAGACAGCAGGACAGCCCAGAGGACGAGGAGGAGAGUUAUGCUGCUGAAGACAAAGUUAAUCUGUGUCGAAGCCAAGCGCUGGAAAAAGAUCAAAAGAUCACAGAUCAGUCAGAAGCAAACAAAACAGUGUCAAUAAAGGAGGGAGAUGAGAACAGUGGAACCAUUUUAGUGAACAAGGAUAGACACACUGAAACUGAGGGAGAUGCACUGGGACAAUCCAACACAGCGGACAGAGGUGAAACUAGCUGCCAAAAACUGAUAGAAACUGAGACUGAGGUGUGUCAGGCUGUGAGAAUGGCAGAUGACAGGAAUGAGGUAGCCACAAUAGAUGAGGCAGAGCUGAACAGCCAUGCUGAGCCAGUGGAGAUGGAAGCAACUGAAACCUCAACCGCAGAUGCCUCUGCAGCUGUCAGAGGAGAGGAGGAUGUGAACACAGAGUGGAGUGUGAGGCGAAUGACUCGGGCUCAGAAGAACGCUGUACUGCAGCAGCAAGUGAUCGAUUUGGACAGAGCUCUCCAGAUCCUGGACCAGGAAACCCCUCCUCUAGUGGUGGACAGAGACCGAUUAAAGGAGCUACUGGAGAGAGUAGUGACCAAGACUGAGGGCUACGAGGUCUACAAGCUGGAAAAGCUCUACGCUUUGCUCUGUCAGAGCAUCUAUAGACACAGACGAGACUACAACAAAUCAGCACUAAUACAGGAGCUGGAACAGGAGAUUGAAGACUUCUGUUGACUUUUCUACAAUGUGAACACUUCCAACUACUGUGCUAAUCUUCUCAACUGUGUAAAUAUAUAAACUUUGUUUAUAAAUUUAUAGAAAUCUACAGCCACCUCUUUUUGUGCAUUAACUAAAAUUUGUUAUUACCUCACUGGUUUAUAUUUAAUUAAAUGGGUUACCUUUAAAUGUUGCUGUGGGCCUUUUUGUGAUUCAGGAUUCAAGGCUAAUGCAUGUUUGUGAAGACUUGUCAUAGCUGAUGGUGCAACCUUUACCAUAACUUUUGCCAAACCUUGAUUCACUUGUUCAGUACAACUUUUAAAAACACUGCUAACUGAAAUGUUGAUUGCUCAGAGGCUGGACUGGCUGAAAAGAAGUAGAAAGUGCAAAAUAAAAAUCUAUUCUUGUCUUAA